CAGAUGUGGCAGCCAUGUUCUCGCUCAGAUUGCUGCCUUGGGGCCGACUGUGCCGUUGGUCCAGCCCAUUCCUGCAAUUCCUGGUCUUGAGUGUUGUGACAUUUGGCGUGAUCGCUCCGUUCACUUGCCGAGAGCUCCUGCAUUCUUAUUUCUACGUGCGCGGUUGGUACCUGAACUCGAUGACCCAGCAUUUUUUAAAGCAGAGCCAAGAGGAGGGUUUGAGUGCUCUCCGUUACUUUGAGCGACUGCAGAAUACAUCAGAGAAGUUGACCAAAGAGGCCUUGCAGCCAUGGUUGCUGAUUGCCAUCGUUACUGUUCAAAGGCACCCGGAAUUCCACUAUGUCCUUCAGGUAGCAGCCCGCUUCCACCGCCUGCUCCAGGAAUGUGGCCCUCCUUGCCAGCACCACCAGCUCUUAUUCUGUAAUGUGGAAACAGAUCCCAACAACCACCGGGAUGCUAAGCUGCUUGCCACUUUCUUUGCUGUGGUGAACCACUACAGUGGUCAGGAAAAUUUGGACCUCUUUCCAAACCGUUUUGAGAAGGAGAAGCAAGAUUACACCUACUGCCUUGAGAAAUCACUUCAGCUCUAUAAACCAGAAUAUGUCCUGCUGGUGGAAGAUGAUACCCUACCAGAAGAGGAAUUCUUUCCCGUCCUCCAUCACUUGUUACAGACACGAUUCUCAAAGCCCCACCUCCGAGAUGCCCUUUAUAUCAAACUGUACCAUCCAGAGAGACUUCAACAUUACAUCAACCCAGAACCUAUGAGGAUCCUGGAAUGGCUGGGAUUAGGCCUGUUUUCAGGAUCCUUCUUGGGCUUUGUCUACUCCUGGGCAUCCAGCCGCUCCAGCCUUAGUUGGUCCAUCAUGUUGUUUUUCGCCCUAUACAGCAUGCUGCUAGUAGAGCUGGUUGGGCGCCACUACCUUUUGGAGCUUCGACGCCUGGCGCCCUCCUUCUACAACGUUGUGCCUGUGACCGAAUGCUGCACUCCGGCCAUGGUGUUCUCUGCCCCCUCAGCACACCGUGUAUUGGGCUACAUGAAAGAAGUUCAGUGUCGCCUAGGUUUUGCCAAAGAUACUGCACUUUAUUCACUGCUGCGUACCAAGGGCGAGCACGCAUUUGCGGUUGAGCCCAACCUGGUGAGACAUGUGGGGAUGUUUUCAACUCUCAGGAUGAAUGAAAACCCAGAGCUGCUUUGACUUUCUCCGUAUUUCCCAAGGGUUGAACCAGACGAGCAAAAGCUUGACACGAGAUAUUUACUGAGCUUUGCUGAGCUAAGUCAUCCCCAGUUGCAAGCCGGGGAUUGAAUCAAAUCAAUUGAUUACAGUCACUGUUGUUCUGGAAAUAAGCAUGGGAUUCAGUUUUCCAGCAUUCUAUUUUAAAUAUAUAUAUAUAUAUAUAUAUAUAUCUUAAAUCAGCAUUCCCCACACGAUGCCCUGCCAUUGUGAGGUAGUAAUUCCAAAAACCCCAGCCAAUGUAGCUGGUAGUAGUGCUGGCUAUGAAUUCUAGGUUGUGAAAGUUAGCUCUGAUCUCUAUCUUACAGAUAAGAAGAGUUUCUAAGUUUGGUAGAAAUACCAGAGACGGUGCUUUAAAUUUACUGUAUCAACUUAUAAAUUA